GAGACACGCCUCUGCUACACGUUAUGUCACAGCAACACACUCAAGGUUACUGCACACGCUUGAAGAAGAAUGGGCACCCAUCUGAAAGGUAUCUGUUGGUCAGUGACCAUCUGACAGGAUGCAUAUCGCUGACUUUGUGUCUGGAUCAUUUGCAGGGGCAUGUGGAGUUGCAGUGGGCUACCCUCUGGACACUGUGAAGGUCCGGAUCCAAACCCAGAAACAGUUCACUGGAAUAUGGCAGUGUACAGCGGCAACAUUUUCAAAAGAAGGGGUACAUGGCUUCUUCAAGGGCAUGUCCUUACCCAUUACCACAAUCUCUAUGACUUCCUCAGUGGUGUUUGGCACAUACAGGAACUGCCUGCAAUGCCUGAGCCAGGCGCGGGGAACUGGCUGCGGUCCAAACACCAAACUUGAAGUAUUCCUGUCUGGUAUGGCGGCGGGUAUAACUCAGAUAUCAGUGAUGUCCCCAGGUGAUAUAGUGAAAGUACGUCUGCAAUGUCAGACAGAGUCCAUGCAAGGAGGGAACAACAUGCCCAAACCCAAGUACCAUGGUCCAGUUCACUGUCUGCUGAGCAUUAUCAAAGAGGACGGGUUCAUGGGGCUCUACAGAGGAACGCUUCCGCUUAUGCUAAGAGAUGGGCCAUCAUUUGCCACAUACUUUCUGACUUAUGCGACCAUCUGUGAGUGGCUGACAGACAACAGCAAGAAAAGACCAGAUUGGAGUGUUGUGAUGCUGGCCGGUGGAGUAGCAGGAAUGGCAGGCUGGACUGUAGGAACGCCCAUGGACGUGAUCAAAGCCCGUCUGCAGAUGGAUGGAACCCGGGAGAACAAGCGAUACAAGGGUUUAUAUCACUGCAUCACUGAGACAAUGAAGGUGGAGGGAGCAGGGGUGUUCUUUAAGAGUUUACACAUCAACUGCCUGCGUGCAUUCCCUGUCAACAUGGUGGUGUUUGUUACGUAUGAGGUUCUCACCGGUCUCCUCCGAGGUAGACCUGACAGUAAUAACCCGCUUCAUUGAGGUUUUGAAUAGUAUUGACUACCUCCAGUUUUAAUACCUCAUCUGUUAUUAAUGCUGAUGUUUGUUUUUACAUACACUAGUGCAGUGCCCAUUCAGGGCAUGGCCGUUCUGAACGGAUAAGAGUGGGACAAUUGCUUGGCAGCGUUCUCAAUAAAUGCUCUUCCGAUUGACUUCA